CAGCGCCUUCCACGCCCGGUGCUGGGACGCGCGCCGACCGACAGCCCCGGUUAGGCCCUCGAUCCCCCAGUCCCCGAAACUCGCCGAGCGCCACUGCUCAACCCGGCGACGCGCAGACAGGGUGGCCACUGCUGUGGGUGUGGAUGUCCCUGACAAGAUGAAGAGCCGAAUCCCUGUGGUGCUCCUGGCCUGUGGCUCCUUCAAUCCCAUCACCAACAUGCACCUGCGCUUGUUUGAGGUGGCCAGAGACCACCUACACCAAACAGGAAAGUACCAGGUGGUCCAGGGCAUCAUCUCUCCUGUCAACGACAGCUAUGGGAAGAAAGACCUUGCACCUUCCCAUCACCGAGUGGCCAUGGCCCAUCUGGCCCUGCAGACAUCCAACUGGAUCCAGGUGGAUCCCUGGGAGAGUGAGCAGGCACAGUGGAUGGAGACGGUGAAGGUGCUGAGGCAUCAUCACAGCAAACUGCUCAGAUCUCCGCCCCAGACAGAAGGGCCCGACCACGGCAAGGCACUCUCCCCAGGCCAUGCAGCUGUGCCUGAGCUGAAGCUCCUCUGUGGGGCAGACUUCUUGAAGAGCUUCCAGACCCCCCACCUCUGGAAGGACGCACACAUCCAGGAAAUAGUGGAGAAGUUUGGCUUGGUGUGCGUGGGCCGCAUGGGUUAUGACCCGAAGGGAUACGUCGCAGAGUCACCCAUCCUGCAGAGGUACCAGCACAACAUUCACCUCGCCAAGGAGCCUGUGCAGAACGAGAUCAGCGCCACAUACAUCAGGCGAGCCUUGGGCCAGGGCCUGAGCGUGAAGUACCUGCUCCCUGAUGCUGUCAUCACCUACAUCAAGGACCACAACCUCUAUUCCAAGGACAGUUCGUGGAAAGGCAAAAGCACCCAGAGCAACGAGAGCAAACCAAGCUAGGGAGAGACUCAGCAGGAUGCCUCCUCCCCACGCUCCUGCUGGGGAGAGGCAGUUAAGGUCUUUGUUUUGUUUUGCUUUGUUUUUGCUUUUCCAUUUUUUAUUUCUUUUAUUUCCACAAUGAUUUAACUUCUGAGGAGUUGUCUAUCUCAGGAACAGAUAUCUUAUGAUGGGGACAGAAAAUGUGUACAUCACAAGGAUAGACAUUUAUCAAAGAAGUUAAAAUGGCGUGGCAGAUCGUUAGAAUUAGGCAAAAUCCCUUAGAACUGCUGAAUGAAGAGGCCUUCUUAUUUUGUGUAAAUGGCAAUCAUGGCGUGCACACUGAAUGCGGUUCUGAGCAUGGCGGGGGGGGGCCCCCGAAGGUCAGAUCAGAAUUGCCCACGAUGCAUUUUUUAACUAGGAGCAGAUGCAGUGAGCUGGUCUUGAUUGGAGAGAUUUGACAGGAUGCUAAUUACUGAGCAGUAGGCUUUGUCAACACUCUUGUUUCUAACAGAAUAUUAACUGAGGAGUCAAAAAUUUGGUAACAGGACAUUGCUGAUUUACUGAAUUUUCCCUUACAAACCAUUGUCUGACUGCCUGCUGGCCUUUCAUAAAGUUUAAACAAAACAUUUUCUAAGUAGUGACCCUGAAGCAGUAUUUUUGAUAGAUUAAUAACAAGUAUUUUUAACACUGCUGUACCAUAAAUGCCACGGUCCUUGACUUCCUGGUUUCUAAAAAGGAACUGAGGUAAACCAGAUGCCUCUUUUAAAGGAUGUUUUUGAAUGUUUUAUGACUGCCUGCCUGUUUGAAUAUUGGCAAA